CUCUGAUUGAAAGUUGUAAGCAGGUCACCUAUGAUGAGAUGACGCUAUUGCUCUGCCGUGGGGUCUCGAGGUGUAGAGACACCGCGUGACUCGGCAUGCGCGCUUCGAUAACUUCGAACAGUUUUGAGUCCUUUCCUCCACCGUGGCGACACAGAAGAAGUUGAUGCUCAAAGCACACCACAUGAACGCGUGACCAGUUGAGUCUGCCUAUCUGGCGAUGCCCUGUAUGUAUACGUGGAUAACUUAAUCCGUUUUCUUCUCAAAAGGCAGCACGUUUCCGGACGUUUCACGUCAAAACCACCUUCGGACUGUAAGAUUUGCAAGAUUUGGUGACGUUACCCUCUGGAAGUUCUACUUUGCGGAGUCUUCAUAUAGUUCUGCCGAAGCUCCGUACCGCCAGACUUUCCGUGCUUACCAAGUCCUUUUGUGCGUCGCCUCACGUCUGCUCUUCUGUCCGCCGCCUUGUCGGCGCAUCCCUCGCCCUCUCCUGCCACAAAACUUUCUUCUUUCUUUUUUUCGCAGUCGUUUACGCGCCCCGUCGGCCCUCUGCAGUGCUCCCUUUACCCAGUGUUAUCAGACCUUUGAAUGACGACGACCCACUGUUAAUUGCUGUUGUCUUGAGUGUGCAGAAGAGAAAUGCAUCCGAACAAUUUGAAACGGCAGCAGCUACACUCACAGUUACGGUGGCAUCUACCUUUUCUCGAGAGAGCUUGCUGUCGUGCGCGCUUUAGCUCCUGCCUCCCGUUCCAGUCUGUGUCAGUGUCUAGUCGAGGGGCGCCUAAAAGGUAAUCGAUACCACGUAACCAUUUGCUUCUGUUUCCCCUACAUUACCCCUUGGUCGACCGUCAUGGUCAUGAAAAACACAAGAAACUUUGGAUCCGGUGGAAACUGACAUUCGAGAUCGAAAGCCGUUUUUGCCCUUGAAAGCCACUCAGAGCUUGAGGGGGGGCAACUGGCAGGCUCGAUGUCCUGUCUGCUUCCCGUUCCCUUCAAGCUCUCUCUCAUUUUUUCUGCAGUUUUCUGUCUCGCUCUCUGCCGCCUAGGUUCUCGUCUGCUUGUCGUUUUGCAGACGGGUCGCAAACGCUCUGCUCUUGCUUGGUGAACUUCACAGAGGUUACCUUUUCGAUGCCUUGCCUACGCCCAUCUAGCUCGUGCGUCGCAAGAGCGAUGCUUUUACGAGUUGGACUACUGGUUUAUAUCUUGAAGGUCUUUGUUUACCGAAUCCAUGUUCUAUCGUGCUCUUCAUAACCAAAUCUCUCCACAGGAACUUCUGUUUCUUUGAGAGGGAGGGUUUCCCGGGUGUAUCUCCGUUCCCCUUUUCUGCGAGCGCCGCCGUCUCUAUUGUCAAACGCAUCGAAACGUUUCAUGUUGAACACAACGAAUUCUCAACUUGCCCCGAGACGGCCGCACGCGCUUUUCCUCGACCUCCUUUACCAAUCUGGUCUGUGCUGGGCUCUCCCCUGAGACAUGGACUCUGAUGGUGAGGAGGGUCUUCUCAGUUUAACUGGACAUGCGCUAAUACACUUGUGGUAAAAUCCUGUCGGUAGCAAGAGCGAUUGAGAGGCAGCUGCGUGAGGGUCAGCAGAGAAGGUGCACGGAAGAGGAGAAGGAAGAAACAAAUCGAUCAUGCCGACUGCCGGCGUCGUUUUCCUCGGCGCAUCAAAGAAUGGCUGGGGGGGAGACAGAGACGGAAGGGGAGAGGGAAAAGGCAAUGGGCAGGGAGAACGAAGAGGAGAUGGCCGAGGAGGGGAGAGGCUCGGAGAGCACACUCGCCUGCUAGAAAGCAGAGCUGCGCCGUUCCCCUCGAACCGGUCAGAGGCGAACAAGGAGAGAGGCGAGAGAAGAAGGAAACACCCGGGUCAACUCGUGAGAUAUAGCGACGAAGUCAUCAGCUCUUGGCAAGUCUUCACUCUGCUGUCAGGCACAGUGUUCACCUCCCGCAGACUCUGGUCGGCCGUCCUUCUCUACUGGAUACUCGCGCUGAUGAUCUGUCUCCUCAUUCUGCACUUGGAAUCGGAGGCGUCUCAUCUCCAGUACACGUCGUUUAAAGCACUCGUAGACUAUCUGUCGACGCUGAUUGGCUUUCUUCUGGGCAUGUACGUCUCCAACUCACUGUCGCGGUGGUGGGCUCUGAGGAUGCACAUCGAUCACCUCUGGGGCUGUGUCGAUGACCUCUGCAUGCUUGCCUGUUCGCACGUUAUCGGCGACGAGGAAAACGUGGAGAUAUCGACCGGACUUCUUCUCCCUUCUGUCCCCGCCUCUCUGGCGAUCCCCGGGAGGCAGCACAGCGGAAGCCCAGAAGAGCUACAGGCGAGAGCAGUUGAGUGCCGUGACAGCUGCGAAACCACAGGGUUUGAGAAAGUCGGAGAGGCAGAAGCGGGGGGAGGAAGAGUGAAAGUCGGGGAUCACGAGGACAGAGAGAGGCAACGAAGCGCAGACAGUUUCAGUCGAGAGCAGAGCAGACAUACAGCGACCGGCGAGGACCGGGCGGCCACAACAGGAGGCGAACAACAGAAACAUCAGGCCAAGAAACAGGAUCCGAGCUUGCUUGCCUUGCACCUCGAAGAAGACGAGGAGCGGCAACUCCUGACCAAGCCGAAUGUCUUGCGCCUCAUUCUCCGGCUUGGGAUGGUCGCCAUGAAUCUCACCUUUGAUGCCGCCGAACGAGACAACGGAGACCUUACCUACCUUGAAAACUCAGGCCUUCUCGACGCCCAGGAGAUCCGCCUCUUGCAGCCCGCGCCGUCGAAGGCGCAAGUCGUUUGGGUUUGGCUUUCGCAGCUCGGCUCACUUCUCGCCAAGAGAGGGCGACUUCUAUUUGCGGCAAAUACCACGAGAAAGUGGCACGAAAUAUGUGCGAGAGGUCGAGGCGAAGUGGCGGCGUGCUGGGCGUACGUGGAGACGCAGCUUCCGUUUUCGUACGUCCACCUGUUGUCGCUCUUGGUCCACAUUAACAACUUGUUUCUGUCUAUCUUGACAGGCGUCGGGGCGGCUGCAUGCGUCAGCCAGCUGGCCGAGGCGUACGAAGCACGCGCGACGUGGUUUGCGCCUCCGGGGCCUCUCAUCGGGGGCCCGCCUGUCCUCGCGACAAGCGUCGCCACUUCCCCAACAGGCCAGACCGGCGCGGGGAUCUCGGGCAGGGGUCAGACUCGAGGGGGCGGCGAAGGAGCUGGGCGCCUGAUGCCGAUGCAGCGGACGGCUGUCUGGGAGGUCACCCAGAUGCUGCUCAUGCAUCUCAUGCUUCUUCUGGUGAUUCCGAUUUUUUACCACGGCAUGAUCAAUCUGGCGCAAACAAUCGGGCACCCCUUCGGCUACAAGUCCGUCGCCUUCCCUAAGGACCUCUACGUUCACCGAAUGGAGGCCGAGUGCUCGUCCUUUUUCACCGUGGGGCAAGCGGGACCGCCGCUGUUUCACGCAGAAUCCUAUGCAUCAUCUGCCGUGUGCUCCCCGUCCUCAGCUGCUCGUUCUCCUGCACCUCGAAGAGCAAGCUUCUGGUCUUCGCUUGGCAACUUCCUCGCAGGGCGGGGCGUGGCUCGAACCACAGUGGAUGGCGAGGUGGAUGCUGCUGGCGACCUAGAAGGACGCUGAUGUCGAUGCGUCGCACUUGACAGCCGUGGGUGGCGUCGAUCUGCACGCGGGUGGAUCCCAUAUGCAUUUACUCUCGCAACUACAGAGGCGGGUCCUUGUUCCCGUUGGACGAAUGCCCACAUCUGCUCAUUGCAGACGACACAUUGCUUCGAUAUGAGAGCAUGCUCCAGCCAGAGAGGCCGCUCUGGACACAGCAUCAAUCCUCGGCUGGGAUCCGUCGUGCAAUAUCUGCACGUGUGUCCACCGGGUUUUCAAGCACAAAUCGACUCUGUGUCCCCGCGAGCCACGGCACUUGAUCCAAAUAGACAAAUGGAGCGUCCAAACAUCUUUUGGUGGGGGAUUGCAGCAUGAAAUCCUGAGGGCUGCUUCGCAAAAUGGGGGAAACGCAAAAAUAUCAAUUGUCUAUAGACUGAUGUUCGUGCACGCUUGACCGGUUUCUCGAAUGCCCGUCGAAUCCGGCGUCAACGCUUUGUAGACAGGUUCCAAUCUAGUGUUUUACAUGAGGUAUCGCAUGUCAAGCCAUUGGCUUUUGGUUGCAUGUUUUUCUGUCAAAAACGAAGGCCUGCUUUUUUGGAGUAGCAAGAGACACACGGCUGAAAGGUUACG